GAGUCAUAAACAAACAAGCACUGAGUUUGGUACUUUGCAAAGUAUGAGAACAAACUUUACAAUUUGGAUUCAGUUGGGUGAAGGUGAUACAAGUCUUUGUCUAAUAAUACAGGUCUUUCUACUUAAUAAACGUAUUAUUCUUCAUUCAUUUAUAGGUAAAAAAAAAUUAAAUUAUUGUAUAAUGAUGUUUGAUUCAUGAUUGAAUUGUCAAAUAUAAAAAAGAAAAAAGAAAAAGAAACAGAUUUAUAAGGGAGUGUAGUUAGGGUAAUUUAUAAAAAAGAUUGAAUUAAAGUAAUAGAAAAUUAAAAGGGAUAUGUGAAUAGAGAAAAAUAGUGUGUGAAUAGUACCACCCUAAAUAUAUGAAAAAUGUCUUUUUUCUUAAACUAAUUUAUUAAAAUGUGAAAUUCACUCAUCAGCUUUGACAAAUGAGACCACACUUACCCUUGAAAAGAGGAAUAAGUUUCUUAAUAAUGCUGACUGCUUGACCACAAUAGCCAGAGAAGAUGAUUCUCCAUGGAAAAGUUGGUUUCGAAUCAGACGAUUUACAUAAACCAACAGUAUACUGACAAGGAGGAUAAGGUCCUCAUGAUAGAAAAUUAGAAAUGCAGACUCAACUUGAUUGAUCGAAAAAGACUUCUUAAAAGGGAAGAAUUGAUUAAGAAAAAGCAGACCUUAAUAAAUUAAUAAACCCAACCUGCACCAAACAUCUUUUUGUUCUUACGAGGAGAUAUUCAUCCAUCGAGUAUAUUUAAUGUUAUUGCUCAAUAGCUGUUAAUUAUAAUUUGAAUACGGUCAUUGAUUUAUGCCGGGUUUCAGCAUUUCCACGCUUUGGAAAAUUUCACUAAUAUAUCCAUAAUAUUUGUCCUUUAUAAGAAUAUUAAACUUCUAAAUGCAAGCUCCUGGCAGUUUAAUUCUGGGUUUAAAAAAUCCGGGAGUGGGAGGAAUACCUGCAUUUUUUUUUGACAAUGUCGGAAAUAAUGUAUUUUAAAGCAAGAAUUGCAAUGAGGAUGAGGUGUUACCCGGAUCCUUAUAAAAGAAAGGGUUAUUCUCAUUCAUAAACAGAGACCAGCAGCAUUCCAAACUCCUUCAAUGACUACCAAAAUAGAUCUUCCUUCUUCUUCUUGUCCUCCGCUUCCUUCUCCAUUUCUUAAAUUGACAUACGAUGUGUUCCUCAGUUUCAGAGGUACAGAUACCCGCACAAAUUUCACAGACCAUCUUUAUGCCGCUCUCAAACAGAAAGGAAUAUACACAUUUAGAGAUGAUGAAGAACUUAACAGAGGGGAAUCAAUUGGUCCAAAUCUCUUGAAAGCAAUUCAAGAGUCAAGAUAUGUAAUUGUGGUGUUUUCUCAGAACUACGCCGAUUCUUCGUGGUGUUUGAAUGAGCUUGCAAAAGUAGCUGAAUGCAGGAGAGCCAUGGGACAAACAGUCCUUCCAGUGUUCUACCAUGUUGAUCCAUCUGAUGUACGAAGACAAACUGGGGAACACUUUGGGAAAGCAUUUGAGAAGCAUCAAGAGCGGUUUGGAGGCAAUCCUGACAAAUUGCAGAGGUGGAAAGACGCUCUUGCUGAAGUAGGCAACCUCUCUGGAUGGCAUCUGAAAGAUGGGUACGAAUCCAAAGUCAUUCACGAAAUUGUUGAAAAGAUUUUCACCGAGUUAAAUCAAAUAAUCACAAUAUCUGAGCGUUUACUUGGGAUGGAUUCUCACCUGAAUGAAAUGCUUUCGUACUUGGACAUUGGGUGUCCUGAUGUUCGUAUCAUAGGGAUUUGUGGUAUGGGUGGUAUCGGUAAGACAACUAUUGCACAAGUGGUUUUUGAAAGGGUACAGGCUCAGUUUGAAGGUUGCAGCUUUCUUGAGAAUGUUAGAGAGGUAACUGAAAAGCAAGGUGCAGUUCAUUUACAAGAGCAACUUCUUUCGAAUUUGCUGAAAUGUAGUGUAAAUGUACAGAACACUAAAACGGGAAAAAAGAUAAUGAGGCAGAGACUAAGUACUAAAACGGUUCUUAUCAUUCUUGAUGAUGUGGACAAAGAAAAACAAUUGGAAGCAUUGUGUGAUAGGGAAUCGGUUGGUCCAGGCAGUAGAAUCAUCAUAACUUGUAGAGAUGAACAUUUGCUCAGUGCAGUUGAAGGAGACAAAGUAUAUAAGGUGAACUCAUUAACUGAUGCUGAAGCUCUUCAGCUUUUCAGUAUGAAAGCCUUCAAGAAAGACCAGCUGGUUGGAAAAGAAAUUCUGAAGCUAUCCAAAGAAUUGUUGAAAUAUGCUAAUGGCCUUCCACUAGCUAUUGAAGUUUUGGGUUCUUUAGUUAAGGGUAGAGGGGUAGAGUUAUGGUCAAGUGUAUUGGAAAGACUUGAAGAAAGUCCUAAUAAAGAAAUUAGUAAUGUUCUCAAGGUUAGUUUUGAUGGAUUAGAACCAAGGGAACAGAAAAUUUUUUUGGACAUUGCAUGUUUCCUUAAAGGGGUGAACAUAGAUCGUGUAAGAAGAAUACUACAGGGUAGUAAUGCCCACUGUCCAGACUUUGAUAUACAGGUUCUCCUGGACAAAUCUUUGGUAACUCUAUUUGGAUCAAAAUUGUGGAUGCAUGAUUUGAUACAAGAAAUGGGUCGGGAAGUUGUUCUUCAAGAAUGCCGUGAAGAGCCUGGAAAACGUAGCAGGUUGUGGCUUCCAAAUGAGAUUAUCCAUGUACUUGAUCGGAGUAAGGCGACGAGUGCAGUUCAAAGCGUAUUCCUCGGUCCAACAAAAGACGAUGUUGUUCACUCAAUUGAUAAUGCCUUCUCGAAGAUGGACAGAUUGAGAUUGCUCAAGAUUUGGAAUGUGAAGUUUUCCGGAAACAUCACAUAUCUUUCUAAUGAAUUACAAUAUCUGGAAUGGCAUCAAUGUCCUUUGGAUUCUUUCCCGUCAGACUUUCAACCGGAUAAACUUGUUGAAGUUCACAUGUAUCUUAGCCGCAUCAAACAACUAUGGAGGGGAAAAAAAGGAUGGAGAAUGCUACGGCUUAUUGAUCUGAGUGGUUCACAAUACUUGAUGUCGACUCCAGACUUCACUGAGGUUCCUGAUCUUGAAACGUUGGUGCUUCAAAAUUGUACAAGCUUGGUGGAGGUUCACCCAUCUCUUGGAUUUCUGAAGAAACUUGUCUCUUUGAAUAUGACAUAUUGCGAGUCUAUUGAGAGCAUUCCACCUUUCACUGCCCUGGAAUCCCUUCAAAUAUUGAGGCUUUCAUUCUGUUCAGGACUGAAGAAGUUUCCAGAAAUUGAAGGAAAUAUGAAAAGCUUGCUGGAGCUUCAUUUGGAUGGGACCAGCAUUGAGGAAUUGCCUCCAUCAAUUGAACGCUUGACUGGUCUUACCAUGUUGAAUCUAGCAGACUGUAAAAACCUUUUGCAUCUUCCCAAUACCAUUGGGUGCUUGACAUCUUUGAAAAGUCUCGAUCUAACAGGUUGCUCCAAAAUUGAUGAGAUACCUGAGAAUCUGAAUGGUAUAAAAUGUCUGGAGAUGCUUUACAUUGGUGGAACUUCCAUAAGGGAGUUAUCUUUCAUUGUAGGCAUGAAGAAUCUACAGUCUCUAUCCUGCCGAGGAUGUGAAAGUCUAGUGUCAGAAUCAUGCAAGGGUCUGGCUUCGUUAUCGAGUUUGAUAGAGCUAGACUUGAGUUAUUGCAAUCUGAUGGAUGGAGCAAUUCUCAAUGAUUUUAGCAGCCUAAUCUCCUUGGAAUUGUUAGAUUUAAGUGGUAAUUGCUUUGUGCGAUUACCUGAAAGUAUCUCUCAACUCUCAAAACUUGAGACUCUGCGCUUGAAUAAUUGCAAACAGCUUCAAUUGCUGCCCAAGAAGCUUCCGUUAAGUCUUCGAAACAUGAAUGCACAAGAUUGUACUUCACUGACGGAUUACCCAAAUCAAAUCAAAGUAUUGAAUUCAUCGGAGUCGGGAGUUACUACUGUUAAUUCCCUCAAUUCUUCAGCAGUUAAAGUCUCACAAAGUUUUUCAAAUACUGGGGCUGUGGGGGAACUUAUACAAGUGCGUAUGACAUAUAAUCAUACUGAGGGGAAACAAGUUGAUCAUUUGCCAGUGACAGCUGAAGCGGUUCUAAAACAAACGUCUUCCAGGUCAACUUACAUGAGCGUACAUGCUGGAGAUGAAAUUCCAGAGUGGUUCAACACUAUAUCUACCAGGAAUCCCAUAUCAAUCUCGAUGCCUCAAAAUCUGACCGAUGAUAACAAGUGGAACGGAUUUGCCGCGUGUGCUAUAUUCUCAGUCAAGGGGCAUACUGCUCUCUCCCUUAUUGAACCGGAUCCUGAUUUUUCUAAUUACUCGUAUCAAAUGACAUUGGAAACUGAUGUUGUGCGUCUGGAACCAUUUGUGAAGUCAGUGGAAUUUGGCAGCUAUGGAUUAAGUUCUCAUCUGCGUGUGAUUUUCGGUAUACAGCGUUCGGAGUUUCCAGAGCCCCGGUUAAAUCAAUCAACUGUGGUGAGAGCUAUAUUUGAAACCACUAAUCCAUCCAUGGUGGUCCAGAAAUGUGGAAUCCGUGUACUCUAUGAGCAAGAUGCUGAUUGGUUUUACAACAUAAACUACGGUCCUACGAUUUGUCUGAAUGAUGUUCAGGACGCCGCCUCUGUACGGGAGUCUGGCUGGCUUAGUCAACAUUUGAAAUGGGAGAAAUUCAUUCCACCCUUGGAAGAAGAAUACACACUUGAGCUGAGAAAGAACCUUGAGUCUGUUCUUCCGAGAUUCCUUGAGGCACUAAACAGUAAUCAUGUAACGUUCGUAUUUAACCUCAGAGGAAGCCCAGCGGGUUAUUUGUCCUUGAUACGGGGUCAAAUUCGAACCUAGGGCCAAUCAAGCUGCCUCAAAAUCUACACAAGAGCAAGAAGUGGAUGGGAUUUGCAAUAUACGCAUCACUGGAAGUGGGGCAGACAAUGAAAGAGGACAACUAUUGGGUUUUUGUUACACUAUUUGGUACGAAUGUGGCCCAAAAACUUAAGCACGUCGGGCCAUUGUCAGAAAAACAUCAUCAACUAUUUGUCACUUACAUACCGCGGGCACAGAUAUCCGAAGUGUUGUUCACUCAGACAUUAAAAACUGCAAUGUCCAUUGUGGUCGAUAGCCCUCAUGUAAAGGUUCAAAGAUAUGGGUUCCGCAUUGUGUACCAAGAAGAUAUACAAGGGUUUGCUGAUACUAUUAUCCGGUGCAUGCAGAGGGCAGAUUCUCUUGAAUCUCACGAUAAGUUGGUGGUAGAAAACUGGGUAAAGUUGAUACGAUUGCAAGGUGCCCAUUUAGAGAGAAUGACGGAACGGGAUUCCAGAACCCCACGGGAAAAAUACUUUGAAUUGCACUCACAAAAAUAUAGAAAUCAGGACUGGUCUGACCCUCGUCGUGCUUAUUGUGUCUUCAAGAGAGUUGAAAUCUCCAAGUUGAAAUGGUUCGUGCCUUUUAUCAACCAAGGCAACUCGGCAGAAAUCCAACUGCCUCUGAAUGUGUUCGAUGAUGAUAAUUGGUUGGGAUUUGCCGUAUGUUUUCAGUUGUUCCACGACCAAUGUCUCGGCAGUACUGCUCCUGAUUCAGAGGAUGUUAUGCUUAUUUACCGUCUGGCCUCUGAUAUUGCUUGGCAGGGCGUAUUUGAUUCUUACGAGCUGGUAAGUUUAAAGAUUCCAAAGCGAUCGGCAUUCGGUAUAACUUUGUUCUUUUAUACACCGCGCACUAGUCUUAGAAAGGUUUGGAGGCAAUGCAAAUUGGCAAGGAUAACUAUGGAUUUCCCAAUAAGCCCACGCUUUGCGGUGCAUAGUUGUGCCCUUCGUCUACUAUUUAAGGAGGACGUUGAACAUCUUGUAGAAACACUGACCCUCGCCGAAUUACCUUGAACAUCCCCCAGCAUCUGCUGCUCAAUCAUGGAGAAGGUAACUUGUGAGUAGCCUUUCGGCUUACAUUAAUUUUGUAAGUCGCAAUAACUUCUCAUUUGGCUUGGCUGAAGUUCCGAUAUAUAUUUACAUUGACAGUAGGCAAAAGUCUGCAAGCAAGAGUUUCGUAAUGGAGAAUGAGAUAAAAACGUUGUGUGAUAUUUUCUUAAGCUAGAUCAUAUCUAGUGCUUAAUAAUGUGGUGUUUAAGAAUGUUGUUUGCUCCUACUCGAGGAGCAAUUAAUUUGAUUAGUAUUACAUUGAAUGACCUGUUCAUUUGGUCUAGUAAUGUUACUGAAUGGCCUGUUCAUUACAUUGAAUGACCUGUUCAUUUGGUCUAGUAAUGUUACUGAAUGGCCUGUUCAUUUACUGAUUGUCCCAUAAACUGAUUCACGAUUAUAACAAUGAACAUUGGUCCA